AUGAAAUUAUAUUUAAAUUUAUUUGAUUUUGAUCAAUUAUUAAUUUCAAUUCAAAUUGGAUCUAUAGAAGUAACUUGUAUUAGUCACACAUUAAACACAGAGAAUGAUAAAGAUUCAUCAAUAAUAUCAAACACAAAUAAACAUACAAAAGUUAAUUUUGAACGAUUACUUUCAACAACAUUAUUUUCUAUAAAAUCAGUAGUAAGUCUUAUUUCUACACAAGAUUUAUUAAAAAAUUUGGAAGAAACACUUAAUUAUUUAAAAUCAACGUUCAAUGUACAAAAGAGGUAAAACUUCUUUUAAAUAGUACAUAUUAGUUAGAAA